AUGGAGAAGACAACGACGAUGAAGACGAUGACGACGACGAACGACGAUGAUGAAAACGACAACGAUGAGACGACGAAUGACGAUGACGGGAAAGACGACGACGUCGAUGACGACAACAACAACAACAGCAACGACGAUAACGCCGACGAUAAAAACGACGAAACGACAAUAACGACGACGUCGGUAACGACGACGACGACGACAAUGACGACGACAAUGGCGACGUCGAUGACAACAACAACGACGAGACGACGACGAAUGACGGUAAUGAAGACGACGACGACGUCGAUGACGAAUGACGAUGAUGGAGAAGACAACGACGAACGACGAUGA